AUUCUGCUGCAGGGACUCUCCUGCAGGCCUCCAAGCCUCCACCCCCUGAUAAUUGCUGGAGGGCUCUCCUGCCCAGAAUGGGGAAGAUGGUGUGGCUUUUGGCCCUCCUCGUAUCCUGUGCUCUGGGCCUCCCGGCGAGCCGCCCCAGCGGCUCCACCCUACGCUUUGUGGCUUUGGGGGACUGGGGCGGGGUCCCCAAUGCCCCCUUCUACACUGCCCGAGAGAUGGCCACAGCCAAGGAGUUGGGCCGGACCGUAGAGACUCUGGGAGCUGACUUCAUCCUGUCCCUGGGGGACAAUUUCUACUUCCACGGUGUCCAGGACAUCAAUGAUAAGAGAUUCCAGGAAACUUUUGAGGAGGUUUUUACGGCCCCCUCCCUCCGCAACGUGCCCUGGUACGUGUUGGCUGGGAACCACGACCACUUGGGAAACGUCUCGGCUCAGAUCGCCUACUCCAAGGUGUCCAAGCGUUGGAACUUUCCCAGCUCUCACUACCGCCUCAGGUUCAGAGUCCCCAACACAAACGUGAGCGUGGCCCUGUUCAUGAUCGACACCGUGACCCUGUGUGGGAACUCCGACGACUUCCUGAGCCAGCAGCCUGAGAAGCCCAGCAACCUGGAGCUGGCCAGGUCCCAGCUGUCCUGGCUGAAGAAGCAGCUGACCAAUGCAAAGGAGGACUACCUGCUGGUGGCCGGCCACUACCCCGUGUGGUCGGUGGCUGAGCAUGGGCCCACCCACUGUCUGGUGAGGCACUUGCAGCCGCUGCUGGCCAAAUACAAGGUCACGGCCUACCUGUGCGGCCAUGACCACAACUUACAGUAUCUCAAGGACAAGGAUGAUGUGGGCUACGUGUUGAGCGGUGCUGGCAACUUCAUGGACCCCUCCAAGAAACACCAGCACAAGGUCCCCGAUGGCUACCUGCGUUUUCACUACGGGGUCCAGGAGUCCCUGGGGGGCUUCGCCUAUGUGGAAAUCAGCCCCAAGGAGAUGACCGUUACCUACAUCGAGGCUACGGGCAAGUCACUCUUCAAGACCACCCUACCCCGGAAACCCAGGCCCUGAGCUACACCCUACGUCCCCGGCCCUGGAGGGGGUCUCGGAGGAGUUAGUGAGAGUUUGUGGAGAACUCCUUCCCCUCCUGGUUUUUCACUUCCUCCUGCUUUCCCAAGACAGAUCCUAAAGGAUAGAUAGAUGGUGCAGAAAGGUGGGACAUGGUGGUUUUUAGGCAAGAAGCUGACCCUCCUGGCUGCUGCCUCUCCGUCACCACAACAGUCAGUCACUUUAGGCCCAGAAUUUGGGGACUUUAUAAAAGGAGGAAAGAGCUUUUUAUGGCAGGGGUGGAAAAGUGUCUCUUUUGGAGCACCUAGGCAUCUCAGAGUAGUUGCUAUCCAAAUGCCAGGGUAGGUAAGGAAACAGACCUGGAAUAAGCUUUCAUUCCUAUGUGAUCUCUGACCAUUUUCCCACCUUGGAUUGGGGAUGAGGGUAUUGGAAGUGGGAUAGGAAAGUUUUCUUCUCUUUAAAGAUCCUUCUCAGUCUUUCAAUAAAAUCUUUGCUGAAAGUGGC